AUGGGGGCAAUUCAGAUCAGCAUCUACAGCGACUCGCAGCUAAUAGUGAACCAGAUACCAAGAAACGAGAACAGUCAUGCCGACGCCCUCGCCAGACUGGCUUCGGCAAUCAACGACAAGGUAGGUCGAAGGGUCCCCGUUGAGAUACUGGCCCUUCCGAGCACCGCCAUCGCCGAGAUCUGCGCUGUAGAGUACAACGACACAUGGAUGUCGCCUAUUCAUGCUUACCUAACGAACGACACCCUCCCUGCGGAGAAGGCCAAGGCCAGACAGCUGCGCUACCGAUCGACGAGGUACAUUGUCAUCAACAACAUUCUGUACAAACGUGGCUACUCGACCCCCUACAUGAAAUGCAUCACUGAAGAGCAGGGCGAAUAUGUCCUUUGGGAGAUCCACAGUGGUGUCUGCGGUGAUCACUCCUGUUCUAAAUCCCUGGCCCACAAAGCCUUUCGGCAGGGCUACUAUUGGCCAUCCAUGCACAGGGAUGCAAUCGCGAUGGUAAAGAAGUGCGACAAAUGCCAGAGGUUCGGUAACAUCCCGCACCUACCUGCCGAACCCCUCACGCCUAUCGUAAGCCCAUGGCCAUUCGCCCAAUAG